AUUAUCUUCAUGAUGGAACAAAGGAGAUUGGCGCAAUGGCUGAAGGAGCACGCGAAAUUCCCUCUAAUCGCUGCGUUGCUUGUGUUUGUUUCGGUGGCGCGAGCGCAAAUUCAGUACUCCAUCUCAGAGGAACAGAGGGAAGGAGCUGCUGUGGGAAAUAUCGCGAAGGAUUUGGGUAUUGAUCCCAGAACCCUUAAAGAGCGAGGAUUUCGCAUCGUCUCAACCUCAGGCGAGUCAAUGUUCAUUGUGAACCAGAAUGACGGAGUACUGUAUGUGAACGGUAAGAUAGACCGAGAGGAGGUCUGCGAGAGAAGCACGCCGUGUUUAAUAAAUGUGAAAAUAGCAUUAGAAAAUCCGCUUGAAAUCCACUAUGUGACUGUUGAGAUUCUGGAUGUGAACGAUCACGCUCCGAGUUUUCCCGAGAGCGAGAUGCAUUUAGAGAUUGUCGAGUCUGCCCUGCCCGGAACACGAUUUCAGCUCGAAGCUGCGGGCGAUUCUGAUAGCGGCAGUAAUUCUGUGCAUCAUUACAAACUCAGUCAUAAUGAUAAUUUCCGACUUGAAGUAAAAGAUCGAGGAGAGGACGGCAAAAUUCCUAUUUUGAUUUUACAAAAGGCUUUAGACCGAGAGGUAAUUCGAAGAAUUAAUUUACGGUUAAUUGCUACAGAUGGAGCAAAGCCUGCAAAGUCUGGUACAAUGGCCAUAACGGUAAAUGUAUUAGAUAUAAAUGAUAACUUACCUGUGUUUACAAAAGAUGUUUAUUCAGUCAUGCUGAGUGAAAAUGCACCCAUUGGUACAACUGUGAUUCAAGUCAACGCUACAGACUCAGAUGAGGGCCCAAAUGGCGAGAUAGUUUAUUCAUUUGGAAAAAGUGUUAAUAGUAAAGUACGAAAACUUUUUGAUAUUAACACCAUCACUGGGGAAAUAAGUGUUAAGGGAAUGUUAGAUUAUGAGGGAAAAGACAGCUAUGAGAUUGAUAUACAAGCGUCUGACAAAGGAUUAUUUCCUCUGGUUACAGACAAAACUGUAACCAUAAAGCUAGUUGAUGUAAAUGAUAACGCACCUGAAAUAGAGGUGACAUCGUUCUCCAACUCUAUUCCAGAGGACUCUAGACCUGGCACUACAGUGGCUUUGAUUAGUGUCUCUGAUUUAGACUCUGGACUCAAUGGCAAAGUCUCUUGUUCUUUAGAAGAUGACUUGCCUUUCAAACUAAUACCUUCUUCACAACAUAGUACAUACUCAUUAGUGUCUACUACACCAUUAGACAGGGAAACUAAAUUUCAGUAUGACAUUACAUUAACUGCAAAAGAUGCAGGACAGCCAUCAUUAUCAUCUGUUAGAACAGUAACUGUUAUAAUAUCAGAUGUAAAUGACAAUAGUCCAGAGUUCUCUUCUUCUCCUUAUGCAUUUUAUGUGAUGGAGAAUAAUGCUGCAGGCAAAUCUUUAUUUUCUGUAUCUGCCUCUGACAAAGACACAGGUGAAAACAGUGUUGUCAGCUAUCAGAUAUGGAGAGAUGGUGGUGCAGAAAACAAGUUUACAUCUUUCAUUAAUAUUAACUCUGAAAAUGGGGAGAUUUAUGCCCUAAAGAGCUUUGACUUUGAAACUUCCAAAACAUUUCAGUUCCACAUACUCGCCACAGACUCUGGAAGUCCAUCUCUGAGCAGUAACGUGACAGUGAACGUGUUUAUUCUGGAUCAGAACGACAACGUUCCAGUGAUCUUAUAUCCAGUCAGCGCUAACGGUUCUGCUGAGGGUGUGGAAGAGAUUCCCCGUAAUGUGAACGCAGGUCAUUUGGUGACUAAAGUCAGAGCCUAUGACGCAGAUAUAGGAUACAACGGCUGGUUAUUAUUCUCACUGCAGGAAGUUAGUGAGCACAGUCUCUUUGCUUUGGACCGCUAUACAGGACAGAUAAGGACCCUUCGCUCAUUCACAGAAACAGACGAGGCCCAGUAUAAACUGCUCAUACUGGUCAAAGACAAUGGGAACGUUUCCCUCUCAGCAACAGCGACUGUGAUUGUCAAAGUUGUGGAGCCCAAAGAGGCUUUUGCAGCUCCUGAUGGUAAAAACGCAGUAAAAGACGAGGAGGAAAACAACGUCACAUUUUAUUUGAUCAUCACUUUGGGCUCGGUUUCAGUGCUUUUCGUCAUCAGCAUCAUCGUGUUGAUUGUAAUGCAGUGCUCCAAAUCUACAGACUAUUCGUCCAAGUAUUUACAGGACGCAAAUUAUGACGGGACUCUGUGUCACAGCAUCCAGUACAGAUCUGGAGACAAACGCUACAUGUUAGUUGGACCCAGAAUGAGUAUCGGCUCUACUAUAGCACCAGGCAGUAAUAGGAAUACUCUAGUCAUACCAGAUCGCAGGAGGAGGGAUUCUGGAGAGGUAAGAACUGUGAGAAUUCAUUUAAACAACUUUAUCAGGCUCACUAGUGUCAAAUAG